UAAUCCUGUCACCAAAGUUGAUCAGGAAGGGAGCCUAGGAGAGAAGCAAAACUGUUGCUCUCAGUCCCAGGGGAGCGUAUUUUACAGCUCUCCUGCCUGCUAGGACUUUAGCUCUGACCCAAAAGGACGCCAGAGGAAAGCUACUUAAGACAUCUCACAGUUCCCUGAUCAGAGCUGGCCAUGACACGGACUGCUACGUGCAUAUACCACUUCCUUGUUUUGUGCUGGUAUGUUUUCAUCAAUUAUUACAUCUCACAAGAAAGAGGGGAUCUACAGAAAUUCAAAAUUUUUCUAAAUGGCGGACGCUGGAAGUACUUGACCCUCCUUAAUCUGCUCUUGCAGGCCAUUUUCUACGGGGUCGCCUGCCUGGAAGAUGUGCUGAAAAGAAUUAAAGGGAAAAAAGACAUUAAGUUCCUAACGGCCUUCAGAGACCUGCUUUUCACCACUUUGGCUUUUCCCGUAUCCACAUUUGUAUUUUUGUCAUUCUGGAUGCUCUUUCUCUACAACCGAGAACUUAUUUACCCGAAGGCCUUAGAUGCUAUCUUUCCAGUAUGGUUGAAUCAUGCCAUGCACACAUUCAUAUUUCCCUUCUCCCUGGUCGAAGUCAUCCUCAGGCCACACUGUUAUCCACUGAAGAAGAAAGGACUCACCUUGCUGGCUGCUUCUAGCCUGGCUUACAUUAGCAGGGUCCUGUGGAUCUACUUUGAGACGGGUACGUGGGUGUAUCCUGUGUUUGCUGAACUCAGCACAGUGGGUCUGGCAGCCUUCUUCUCUGUCAGCUACAUCUUUAUUGCCUGCAUCUACCUAUUUGGAGAGAAGCUUAACCGCUGGACAUGGGGUGACGUGAGGCAGCCAAGAAAGAAGAUGAAGUGAUUACAUGCCAUUUUCCAAGAACUAAGGAGGAAGAAAACAUGAGAGUUUUUUGUUCUGUUCUUGUCUUUCUUUCUUUCUUUGUUCUUUUCUUUUCUUUCUUUUUUUUUUUUUUGGUAGGGAGAGGUGGUGGAGAAACAUAGGAAAGUAGGAAGGACAGGAAACCAUAUUUAAAUUUAAUAAGAGGGUUAUAAAAGUAGCUUAAUUUGAGGACUCCUGGUUUUUGAAAGGCUUGCUGGACAUGCCCAAAUCAGCUAUUGCUGUCUCAUAAUUUGUGACCUUUGUCUGACCUCUGUGGAGGAUAGUCUGUGCCCAAAAUCUGGCCAUAGGCCAAAGGAACUCAUAAACUCGGUGUUAGAGAACAUUUAGACAGAGUAAAGACUUUAGGAUCAUUGAAGCUACUCAUCUUACAGAAGAUGCUGAGGACCUAGGUGAGAAGUUACCUGCAUGAGGCGAAGUGUCAGACCGAGACAAUAGCUUUAGUCUCCCAGAUCUUAUAACUCCCAAUCCUGUGCCAUUUCUGAAUAACCCCAACUUUCCUAAAAAUAAGCCUUUUUGUAAACUAGUUAUUUUUAUGCAUUGCUCAACUAGUGUUUUUCCCCUCAAUCUAGAUAGACGUGUAGAGAGAUGGCUUUUACCUAGUUGUCUGUCUACCUAGUAACGUAUGAUAGCAAGUUAUUUGGGGCAACGACAAAAUAAGUUACAAAAAAUAUUAGGAAAUCUGUCCAUCUCUCUUGUGAGCAAGCAUUCAGGGCAGGUAUAAACACUGAAAUGAUGACAUUGUCAAAAUCUCUUCCAUUUGAGUUUUGAUUAACUCAUCAAAUAAAUGCUGUACAUUUGACUUGGGAACAGUCUAAAUGGGAAGUGAUAUGAUUAUGAGGAGCGCUGAGAGUGCUUUGGUACAAAGUGCUUUGCUGAGUUAGUUUGUAGUUUAACAAAACUGACUGUCAGGUGAUUGAUUAGCAAGCACAUUCAUGAACCCUGCUUUGAUUUUCCUAGUGGAAUUUUCCAGGUCUUUAUUUCCAGACAUAUUUUGUAAAGAACACAAAUGACAGAUGUCUAGUGGUAGGUAAACAUAUUCAAAUCCAUGGGUGUGUCAUCAGGCCCAGGUGAGUUGGGGUGUGGACACCAGAGUAAAUUGUACUUGGGCUUCCCAACCUAACAUUAUACAGGAGAAAUUUGGUAAAAAUGGAUACAAUGUGGUAAAAACUAUUCCCGGGACCAAAUUAAACCUGUAUUGCUGCAUGACUGGCCACUGGGGAGUAUCUAUUCCAGCACCAGAAAUACCUCAGAACCAUUUCCCAUUGAGCACACAAGUGCUUCUCUGGUGAUGCUGUGGCUUAAGAGAGGAAAAACAACAAAACACCUAUAAAGAACACUGAUUAAACAUUCAUUAAAAGGUAUGCAGUGCCUCGAUAGGCUGUGUUAGGCCAUUAAUGGUCAGAAAACAACAAUACAAACCAAAUGAUGAGAUAACCAGCAAUGAUAUUAUUUGUAUAGCGUCAUGUAAUUUGCAACCACACUCACAUUCAUGAUCUCAUUUUGCCCAAUUACAAAAAUCGUAUAAGUAGAAAAUGUAUUGUGUGCUCGUUGUACAAAUGAGCAACCUGAGUUUCUGAUAUUAGUGUGCCGGUAAAUGAUUAAAAACCAACUCUCUGGAAAAAAGAAAAUUUUAAGUCCCUGAUUUAUAGUGUUUGCCCAUUUCCAUGGUGUAAACACUCUGUCGUGGCCUUUUUCAAGCUACCAACAAGUCACUGAAUGCAGAGUUGGGAAGAGAUGUGAACAGCCACUCGGUUCUCGCGAGCCUGUACAAGCUGGCUUCAGCUCAGCACCGGAUUCAGAGGAGGGAAGGACUGAUCCAAAGUCACAGAGAUGGUUGAUUCCUGAGCUUACUUUCCUUCCUCUUUAUGACAGAGCAAAAAAAUAACUGGUCAUCUGGAAGCCUUUAUUUAAAACAACAAAAAUAUAUGUAUAUCUACAAGGCUUGACAAAAGAAGGUGGUCGGGGGACCCCAACUUGGGAACUCUUAUCCGUACAGGCAGCAGGAAGAGUGCCACGACUGCCUCAUGGAUGGGUCUGCACCUGUGCUUAGGUUCUGGAGGUGCUAUCUCACAUGUGACACCAAUUCUGAAUUUGAGGGAAAGACUUAUCUUGGUUGUCUACACAAUACAUUAGCCCUACCCGCCCCCCAAAAGAGUCAUACAUUUCUCAAGCUAUUUCCAGCUCCUCUGCACCUACUCCCAAUGCUUGUCAUAACAGGAAGUCAGUUUCACAUAUUGUAAUCCACAAACACAUUGUGUCUGCACAUGGGGAGUGAGAGGAGGCUGAGGAAGGACUGAGGUGAGGACAGGCCUCCCAGAAGGCCACCUGGCUAAGCAGUGAACCCAUCCCAAAUCUGAGCAGCCCACCUCCCAGGGGAAGUGUCAGAAACCAGAAUCCAUAUCCAGACAUUAUUUUCCUUUUUCAUG